CCUUUGGGUUCAUUGCCAAAGGUGAGGUGAUCAAACCAAGAUAGUCAUGGAUGGAGUAGGUGGAGGAGGAGGAGAAGAAGGCAAAGAGAGAGGAUCAGAAGGGAUGGUGAGAGACAUAACCCUUAAAGAUCUGUCAAGGAAGAUGGAGGAAUUUGCAAAGGCAAGAGAUUGGGAACAAUACCAUAGCCCUAGAAACCUCCUCCUUGCAAUGGUUGGUGAGGUUGGAGAGCUAUCAGAAAUAUUCCAAUGGAGGGGAGAGGUGGCUAAGGGCUUACCAAAUUGGGAGGAAUCUGAUAAAGAGCAUCUUGGGGAGGAGUUAUCUGAUGUGCUGCUUUACCUCAUUAGGCUGUCUGAUAUGUGUGGUAUUGAUCUUGGGGAAGCUGCAAAUAAGAAAAUUGUCAAGAAUGCCAUCAAAUAUCCAAAACCCUAAUAGAUCUCCUAACGCCUUGUAAGGUUGCAAGACAUUUCUCCUUCUCUAUCUUUUUCUUUCCCAAAUUUAAAUGGGGAAUGGAGAAUAUGUUUUUAAUCAUGCCCCUUCAAAAUAAAAGAAAAUACUUAUAUAAUUGUUUUUGACCA